UCCAGCAGCAAUUCCACUGAGAUUUUUAACAAAAUAGGAGUACUUGCGAGUAUGUCAACUUACUUCGGAAGCAUCAUUGAGUGUCAUUCUGUUAUCCCGUAUUUGAGCAUAGGGAUUUCAAUGAAAUGGCAGGAAAUCCUCCAAGUAGCUACUAUUGUAUUUGGCAAAUCCAAAAUACCAUGAGUGUCUUUGUUUAAACUUAGCAAAGCAACAAGGAAAUUCUUCCUAAGAUGCAGCCUCUACAAACACAUGCAGUUCAGAUUUGUACUGUAUACACUUAAUGAUAUUAAAAACUUGAUAAAGUUCUUAAAGGCUAUACAAAAAAAAACCUCAACAGAAGAUACUUUAAUCCCAAUAACAAUUAUAAGAGUUGAUAUUGAUCUACUUGCUUCAUCAGCAGAUGAAGAGCAAGAAGAUAUUCUUGAAACACUUCUUUACAAGACAAAUACACUCCAUAAUAAAUUAGAGUUUGCUUCAAGAGGCAGGGUCUACUACGAUCCAAAAUAUAAGAUGGACAUGCCUGAAAUAGAUCAUGCAUUGAGAGAGCUAAAGAAAAUAAAAUCCAUAGAACAGAUCGAACAGAAAGAGGAAGGAAAAUAACUUCAACUGUACAACUUUUGUAAGAAGUGUUGUCUCAAACGAUAGAAUUCUGGCAUUUGAUCCUUCAAAACUUUUGGUUCUUUCAAUUCAGACCUUAGUGAACACUCCAAAAUAUCUUAAAGCCUUAGAAAAUGCUCUUGAAGGAGUUGAUCCACAACAAGUUAACCUUGUUUGGGAAGAUGUUAGAUUUGCUGCAAAUCCAGGAGAAUGGAACUGUAGCAUCUUAUUUUCAGCCCUAAAAUAUGGAGCAAUAUAACCAUUAGACAAAAAAUUUGCGCAAGAAGAAAAGACCCCAACAGAAAUAUACUAAAAUGUGGAAAAGUUAAGGUUUAUUUUAAAAGAGAGGAAGAACUCAGCUGAAUGAAGUUUGAUCACUUUGUGUUUGGGAAUAUAGAUGUUAGAGGAGAGGAAUUUGGUUUUUAAAGAGGAGGAUUAUAUGGUGUUGACUGGGGGGAAUUGAUGGUCUGAGUUGUUUGAGUGUUCACAUGGGACAGAAGUGUGGGACUUGGAUUCUGAUGAUGAUGUUGAGUGGAUAAGAUCUGUGCUCUAUAGUGAGGAAGAUCAGUGGAGGAUCCUUGUGAAGUUGGAAGGGGGUAUUGAGCAUGUGACUGCUGUGAGUCCUGUAUUCUUGAAAGUAUUAGCAACAGCUGAAGUUAAGCCGAGAAGUAUUGUGUACGACCAAAAGUUAUUCAGCGGAAAAACGAAGGGAAAAGUACAAAUUUUAGAGUGAGAGGAUCAGAUAUUGAGAAUUCAAAUGAAGGAUUUUAAGCACUUUGACGGUAGAAUAAUGAUGAGAUCUGGGUUGACGAAUUUGAAAACAUUUGUGAUAGAAUACGUCUCAUGGUGAAACCCCGAUGAAUCCAAAAGUGGGACCAACUGGUUGAAGACAAAAGAAAGUAGAGUAAAGUUUAUUCAAAUGAUUUCUGACUGAAUCCCCUUUGAGACUCUUAUAUUCAGAUUUCAUCUUAAAUAUCGCACAGCAGGCGAUAAUCUUUUGUUGCCAUAUGAGUUCAAAGUAGCCUCUGAAGAAUUUUCUAAAAAGAAAGAUAUCAUCGGAACAUGCUUGGAAUAUAGGGAUCCAGAGAAUAUUGAUAAGAUGAAGACUCACCCAAUCACUAAGCUCGCAAAAAAGUAUAUCCAAGUGAUGGAGCAGCAGGAUGGAUUUGACCCUUUUUAAGAACUCUCUUUAAUAGAAAUUUAAUAUCUCAA